UUAGUCAGUACUGACGUCCGUGGUCGUCCUUAUUGGAUUUUAACAUCGCAUACCCAACUACGCAAGGUUACAAUUUUUCUCACUUCACCUUCAGAAAUUUAUAAAUUAAUAUCAAAAUUUCGAGAUUUUUUUGUAUUUUACAUCAAACUAUGGCCAAGUACAAGGUUGUGAUGGUCAGACAUGGCGAAAGCGAGUGGAAUCAAAAAAACUUAUUCUGUGGGUGGUAUGAUGCUUCAUUGAGUUGCAAAGGCGAAGAAGAAGCUGCGAGUGCAGGUAAAGCUUUGAAACAAGGAAAUUACAAAUUUGAUGUGGCUCAUACAUCUGUAUUAAAAAGGGCUCAAAAUACUCUGGGUGCAAUAUUGAAGGAGCUUGGCCAAGAAGACAUUCCAAUAUCAAAAACUUGGCGUUUGAAUGAAAGACAUUAUGGUGGUCUCACUGGGCUUAAUAAAGCCGAGACUGCAGCUAAAUAUGGUGAAGAACAGGUACAAAUAUGGAGACGUAGUUUUGAUACUCCACCACCUCCAAUGGAUAAAGAGCAUGCUUACUAUGAUCAAAUUGUAAAUGAUUGUCGCUACAAAGAUGAACCUUCCAAGGAUGAAUUUCCAAUGUUUGAAUCUUUAAAAUUAACAAUUCAAAGGACAUUGCCUUAUUGGAAUGAUGUAAUCAUUCCUCAAUUAAAAGAAGGAAAACAAAUUUUGAUAGCUGCACAUGGAAACAGUCUUAGAGGCAUAGUUAAACAUUUAGAUGAUUUGUCAGAAGAACAAAUUAUGAACCUCAACUUACCAACUGGUAUACCAUUCGAAUAUGAAUUGGAUGAACACUUUAAACCAGUCGUCUCAAUGAAAUUUUUGGGUGAUGAGGAAACAGUUAAAAAGGCAAUUGCAGCUGUUGCAGCUCAAGGCAAGGCAAAAUAAUCAGAAAAAUUAACAAAAAUAUCUCAUUUAUAAAUGAUUAAAUACUAAUUAGCAGCAUUAUAAAUUGUAAAGUAUAUUGUUUACAAUAUUAUGUUAAAUUAUUCAUACAUUUUAGAAUAGAUCAAUAAAUCUUUCCAGAGUUUGAAUUAAA